GUCUUCUGCGCUGCUCGGUAGUGGUCGUUUGUGGUUUUUGAUGGGGGGUUGUUCGCCUCGACAUUUCCAUGGUAACUGAGCAGUCUGAGGUCUGAUAGGGAGCAGAAACGUGAGAAUGGAGCUGGAGGAAAAAAACCCGGACCCGAAAUACGGGGAGUCUAGAAAGUUCGACCCAAACUUCAAAGGACCGAUCCAGAACAGGAGCUGCACAGACGUCCUCUGCUGCCUUCUCUUCAUUAUUGCCUUGUUGGGCUAUUUUGCUGUUGGCAUCCUCGCCUGGUCUCAGGGUGACCCCAAGAAGGUGAUUUAUCCCACAGACAGCAUGGGACAGUUCUGUGGACAGGCUGGGACACCUCUGGAGAAGAAACCUCUCCUGUUCUACUUCAACAUCCUGAAAUGUGCCAGUCCUCUGGUCCUGCUGGAGUUCCAGUGUCCCACCACACAGUUAUGUGUGGAGAAAUGUCCUGACAGAUACCUCACCUUGGUGAAAGCCAAGUUAGGGAAAACUGAAGACCGUGACUACUACUCAAGUUACUGCAAGGAGGGAGUGGAUUUUACCAAACUGAGUCCUCCAGAGAUCCUGAGGGAUGGCCUGUGUCCUGCCAUGUUGUUUCCCAGUAAAGCCUUCACACGCCGCUGCCUCCCUGCUCUGCAAAAGCUAAAAGGCGGGGUGGUUGUGGUGGGCAACGAGACCACGUUUGUCGAUGAUGACAACAACAAAGUCAACGCCUCUGAUCUGCUGGAAGCGUCAAAGAAAUCAAAUUUUGCUUUAGAAGCUCGUCAGGUGGCCAUGAGAAUCUUUGAGGACUACACUCAGUCUUGGCACUGGAUUUUACUAGCAAUCGGCCACGUUAUGUCAGCYCUGUUCUACCCUCUGCUGACCUUUGCCCUGCUGGCUGUGGUGAUCGCUUACUGGGCCAUCACUGCUGUGUUCCUGUCUACAUCCAACGAGCAGAUCUACAAAGRGUUCAACAACUCCGACUGUCCAUACGCUCGAGAAACCUGCGAUCCCCAGACGUUCAACACGUCAAACGUUUCGACGGUGUGUCCGGACGCAGAGUGCCUGUUUGCUUUUUAUGGUGGCGAGACCGUCUAUCARCGAUACCUCAUCCUGUUUCAGUUCUACAACGUUUUCCUCUUUUUCUGGUGUGCAAACUUUGUGACUGCGUUGGGCCAGGUUACUCUSUCAGGGGCGUUUGCGUCGUAUUACUGGGCCUUUAAAAAGCCAGACGACAUCCCUGCUUUCCCCAUCUUCUCCUCUCUAAGACGAGCUCUCAGAUACCACACAGGUUCCCUGGCGUUUGGCUCCCUGAUCCUGUCUUUGGUCCAAGUCAUCAGGGUCAUUCUGGAGUAUUUGGACCAGAAGCUAAAAGGAAUUUACUGUACUAUUAUUUGGAUGUAUGUGUGCAACAUUUUAUUUCUCACAGUAAAAUUAUAUUAUUUUGUGUUACAACCAGCUCCUUGUUGAAAACCUGCCUUAGUUCAAAUGAAUUAAUUAAAGAAUAAAUAUUAGCUGCAAAACCUGUAAAUAACUGACAAACUGACUCUCCUAUGAGGUAAUUCUAUAUAAUAUGUUAUACAUUAUGGUUUAUAAUUUCUGACAGCAAGUCAGUCUGAAAGCGUUUAUAAGUCAGAUGUUAUUUAUCAGUUGAACAAACUAAAUAUUAUUGUUUAGAAAAAUAAUUUACCAAAGUCAUUAAAAGCCAUGAGACAAUACAAAUAGUUCAACAUUCAUUUUCACUUUUUUUGUAAUAAACAAAUAUUUUUGGUGCAAACAUGUUAAGUGUAUAUGUUUUACACUGUGUUUUUGUUGUAAACUAAUAAACUUGUGUUUUGUUUAAGUUUGCUAAGAAAAAA